AUGUCGACGGCACCGCCCAACCCUCUCUUGAAGCCAGUCAAGCUGGCCCUGAUCCAGCUCAAAACGGGCAGCGACAAAACCGCGAACCUCACUCGUGCCUCGGAAAAAGUCGCCCAGGCCGCAAAGGCGGGCGCCAACAUCGUGGUCCUGCCGGAAUGCUUCAACUCGCCGUACGGUUGCGAGCACUUCCCCAAGUACGCCGAGGCACUGCCAUCACUCGAGACGGCGGCGAGCGCGAGCGCACGGAGCGAAUCGCAGAGCUACAACCACCUCUCGGCGCUGUCGAAGGAGCACUCGAUCCACCUGAUCGCGGGCUCGAUCCCCGAGCUGGAGCCGGCGACCGAGAAGCUGUACAACACCUCGCUGAUCUUCUCCCCAACCGGCGCGCUGCUCGCAAAGCACAGGAAGGUCCACCUAUUCGAUAUCGACAUCCCGGGCAAAAUCACUUUCCGCGAGUCGGAGGUGCUGACCGCGGGCGACGCGCUGACGCUCGUCGAAACCCCCUACGGAAAGGUCGGUGUUGGCAUCUGCUACGACGUGCGCUUUCCCGAGAUGGCAAUGAUCGCGGCGAGGAGGGGCGCGUUCGCCAUGGUUUACCCCGGCGCGUUCAAUAUGACCACCGGGCCGCUGCAUUGGGAGUUAUUGGCUAGGGCGAGGGCCGUCGAUAAUCAGGUGUGGGUUGCGAUGUGCUCGCCGGCCAGGGAGCUGGAAGGAACGGGAUAUGUGGCGUGGGGCGAGAGUAUGGUUGUUGACCCGAACGGAUUGGUCAUGGAGAAGGCGGGGCCCGGGGAGGAGACGGUGAUGGUCGAGUUGAUGCCCGAGAGGAUCGCGGAGGUGAGGAGCGGGAUCCCGGUCGGGACGCAGAGGAGGUUCGAUGUUUACACGGACGUUUCGGGGAUGGCGAACAAGGCCGUGUAG